GCGCUGUGGAGAGUCGCGGACUUGCACGACUGCAGUGCGUGAUCCCGGGACCGGGGCCUCCAGCCGCAUUUGCAAUGCUGAUGGGUGAGCGUAAGGAACGUUGAGAAGACGCGCACCGAUCGCAUCUCACCUCGACGCCCGUCCCAAGGGACGAGCUUAGGACCACAGCAGAAGGAGGUCAAAGGCGAGCUCAGGGCCACAGCGGAGGGGGUCAGAGGUGAGCUCAGGAGGCACAGAGAAAGGGGGUCAGAGGCGAGCUCAGAGCCACAGCGGAAGGAGGUCUCGGAGGUGAGCUCAGAGGCACAGCGAAAGGGGUACAGAUGCGAGCUCAGCUUUCUUGAGAGCUCUUAUCUCACCUUUUGCAGCCAAUUUUUUCCUCCAUAUGUAUGGUUCAUAUAACAUUUCUCACAACAAGCGGUUCGAGUAAUGUAUUCGUUCGUCACUGCUGGCUCACGGGCAACGAACAAACGGAUGAAUGAAUGACGGGUGCCGGACGCCGCUCACGCAGGGCACGUGCGCGUUUCGCCGUUUUACUUAAAAUACUCGCCGGCGGUGGCUGAGCGAGCAGCGGGUGGUUUUGACGAUAAGAAAAUGCGCAGUUGCUAUCCGGUAGACACAGAUUAUGCUUCUAUGAGACGGUUGAAAGAAUGACAAAUAAAAGGACUAAUACAUUUCACAUACAUUUCCACACAUUUUGUGCUCUUUUUCAACAGUGCAAGUUGUAGCUUGGUUUUGUGAGGCCAUGUCACUGCAGUGUUACAGUCCGCUGUUCUGUGCUGAUGACCGCUAUUCUGUGCUGACGACCACUAUUACGUGUUGACAACCGCUGUUCUGUGCCGCUGUUCUAUGCUGAAGGCCGCUGCUUUGUGCUGAUCGCCGUUCUGUGCUGAUCACAGCUGUUCUGUGCUGACGACCACUUCUUUGUGCUGACGAUCGCUGUGUUGUGCUGACGACCACUAUUCUGUGCUGACGGCUGCUGCUCUGUGCCGAAGACCGCUGUUCGGUGCUCAUGACCGCUGUUUUGUGCUGACCACCUUUGUUCUGUGCUGACGAUCGCUGCUCUGUGCUGACGACCGCUGUUCCGUGCUGAUGAUCACUGUUCUGUGCUGACGACCGCUGCUCUGUGCUGACAACUGUUGCUCUGUGCAUCAGUUUCGGAGGCGGACACCUGUCGGCGGGCGGGCCGGUCGCUGCUGCAGAUCCUGCUGUUGGUCCUGCUGCUCUACCUGUUCGUCUGCGUCCUCGAUCUCCUGGCCAAGUCCGUGCGGCUCAUCGGAGGGCAGGACAGCCAGUGAGUGUCACUGGUAGUGUCAAACAAUGUCAGUGUCAGGGGGGAACGGAGCAGCUCCACAAGGGAAUGGAUCAAUUUUUAAGGCCGUUCAGCGCACUGCAAAUGUAAGGCCUAUCAAUCAGUCAGUCAUGAAACAAAUGCAAAUAGCCGUCGUUACGUAUUGGGAGCUUUGAAGCAAUGAAGUCAACUAGUUUUUCAUAAGAUUUUGAGCAUAGCGCAUGGUCACAGACCAAGCCCAAUUUGUUUAGGUUUUUGUAAUCAAUCAUGUGCCGUGUCCAAAAUUGUAUUACAAAACUAUUCGGUUCCAAAAUGACCGCUAUGAUAAGGAGAUCAUGAUCACUUAUUUCAUGACUAACAGGACACAUUUAUGAUCAUUUAGUAAGAUCGAAGCGGCAACAUGUUCAUCCAUGCCAGCUGUGACACUGGUGAUGUUCAGAUUUAGAGUCAACUACGCAGCGCUGUUGCUGCCAUCAAAUGACCGGGUAACGAAGGCCAUAUGCAGAUAAGAACACGCGCGACUCCCAUAAGCAUGACGCGAGAUUCCGAGAUAAGCGUGAGGCUCUGGACCGGCUCCUGCUCUAACGGCACCGCGCAUGGGGAUCACUGUUAAAAAGUGGACCGACUCUCCGACUAGUGUGGAUCAAACACUGAUAGCAGUGAGGGCUGGCUUACUGCUAGCUUACUGUUAGUUUACUGCUGGUUUACUGCUACUUUCCUGAUAGUUUAACCACAGAAAUCGGACUGCCUCUGAGCGGUCAUUGUUGAACCGCAUUCGAUUCUGCUUUGCAUUCAAAGCUUGCUGGCCGUACAUUUUGGAAGCUGGACGAAGAGUUAAGGGCCCGGUCCGAAAGCAUGCAGAAAUCUACGCUACCAUCUGUGGCCGUCGCGUCAUCGUAUACGAAAUGUUGCUUCAGGGCCGGCUUUUGAUGAGCCGUGACCAUAAGUGAGGCAUUGAUCCAUAGCCGCCUAUUGGUGACCUGCGAUGUCUGGCUUCAGGCGGCAUGUUUGCCUUAGAUUGGGUGUUGCUGACCUGUGACGCUUGACUUCAGGUGGCCCGUUUGCCUAGGGUCGGGAUGUGAUGACCUGUGGACCUGUGGCUGCAGGCGACAUAUUUGCACAGGGCCGGCUGCUCAGUAACCCGGUGGUGGAUCUGAUGCUCGGCUGUGUCUUCACGCUGCUUGUCCAGAGCAGCUCCAUCUCCACCUCCAUCGUCGUCUCCAUGGUGGCCGCCGACGUUCUCUCCGUGCGCAUCGCCAUACCGAUGGUGAUGGGCGCCAACAUCGGCACCAGCAUCACCAACGACAUCGUGUCCCUCACGCAGUUCCCGGAUCGGCAUGUGUUCGAGCGGGCGUUUGGCGGCGCCUGUGCGUACGACAUGUUCAACCUGCUGAGCGUACUGGUCAUGCUGCCACUGGAGCUGUUUAUACAGGCUGUCAACCCCGGCGGCGAGGGUUACCUCGAAUAUCUGACGUCAGUGAUCUUGAACGCGACGAGGUUCCGGACGACAACCAAGUACCGCAUCCGGGUACUGCAGACCAUCACUAGGCCGCUAACGGAUCGGAUGGUGCUGCUGGACGAGGCCGUGCUGGAGGAGUGGGUUCACAACACCACCAACGUCUCGGACAACUCCCUCAUCGUCAGGGACUGCGGACAGGAGCACGACGCGCCAAGCUGUGCGUCCCUGUUCAGCUUGACCACAUUGAGGGAUGACCACGUGGGCAUCAUCCUCUUGUUCGUCUCUCUCUUCCUCAUGUCACUCUGUCUGUUCUGCAUGGUCAAGAUGUUCGUCUCCGUGCUGAAAG